AUGGAUGAAACCAAGCUAAACGAGCUAACGAUACUUGAGAAUAAUAUAUCGUUUUUGGAAAAUGUGAUUGAAGAAUUGACUAAAGAUUAUAUUGACCUGCUUAAAGAAAAAGCUGAAAAAAUAAACUGAUAUUUACAAAUCAAGCAUAAAAAGAAACAAUUAGAACAAGAUCUCCAAGAAUUAGAUGAGACAUUAGAAAUGAUUAAUUAUGAAGAAAACUUAAAAUUCCCUGAAAGCGAGCUGGAAAUGAUGUAUUCAGCUUUACUGCAAGAAGAAGAAACUGCAAGCCAAAUUUAUUCAAAUAAAAUCAGCUUUUGGAUAACUGAAGAAGAAGCUUGGAAAGAAAAGCUUCAAAAUAUUCUAUUAAAGAUUAUAAAUUAAAUAAAUUUCUUCAAAAAAUACGGAAAUUUUUUUUUAAAAAUAAAAAGCCUAUUAAAAAAACAGCAAGAAGAAAAAAGAAUUCAAGAAAAGACCAAAGAGCUUGAAAAUAAGAAACAAGAGCUCAAGAUAAAGCUUAAACAACUACAAGACAGUCACUCUGAAGAGUUUAUAAGAUACAACAGAUCAAUAAGACCGCAAUUUUUAGCUUUAGAAGAAAGAAAGUCUGCUUUGCAAAAAGAUUUUGAAGAAAAAGAAAUUGAGUUUAAAAAGAAACUUUUAGAGCUACAGAUUAGACUGAAUCAAGAACAAGAAGAAGCAAUAAAAAUUAGUGAAAAAAUUGAUAUGCAUUAUAAUAACAAUAAACAUGGCAAAUUUUAA